AGGGGCGGGGCAGCCGGGAGAUCUGAGCCGCACGCCCACUGGGGUGGAUGAGAAGGGGGCCAGCGGCUGCUUCAGGGUGGGCAGCAGGAAUUCAGCCUUGGCUAGGCUGCUAACUUGGGAAUUGCCCCUCUUUGGAAAGACAGGACUCCACUCCUUUCACUCCUCUUAAAGAGGGCACCCCGGAUUCCAUGGAAGCUGGACCUGGGACGCUUUGUAGGAACUUGGAGCCUCUUCUGUCGGCUUCCUUCCCAGUUGCAGCCUUGCUGGGAUGACUGAGGGGGCCUCCCAGCCAUGGCUUUGACCAGCGCCCCCACUGCUGACUUGGCCUUUGGUCUCUUUCAGCCUCUGCAGGCAUCUUGCUUUUUCCCACUUUCUGGAGCCCGGUGCUGAGUCUAGGGGCUCAGUCUGAAGGUACCUGGAGAGCAUCAGGUAUCCCAACGGCCCAAGCUGGAGGACCGGGCCGGUGUCAGGAAUGAGGAUGAGAUGAGCGGGGGCCGCUUUGACUUUGACGAUGGUGGAGCGUACUGUGGGGGCUGGGAGGGGGGGAAGGCACAUGGGCACGGACUGUGCACUGGCCCCAAGGGCCAGGGUGAAUACUCGGGCUCCUGGAAUUUUGGCUUUGAAGUGGCGGGCGUCUACACCUGGCCCAGUGGGAAUACCUUUGAGGGAUACUGGAGCCAGGGCAAACGGCAUGGGCUUGGUAUAGAGACCAAGGGGCGCUGGCUCUACAAGGGAGAGUGGACGCAUGGCUUCAAGGGGCGCUACGGAAUCCGGCAGAGCACGAGCAGCGGUGCCAAAUAUGAGGGCACUUGGAACAAUGGCCUACAGGACGGCUAUGGCACGGAGACCUAUGCAGAUGGAGGGACCUACCAAGGCCAGUUCACCAACGGCAUGCGGCAUGGCUAUGGUGUGCGCCAAAGUGUGCCCUAUGGGAUGGCGGUAGUGGUGCGUUCCCCACUGCGCACGUCUCUGUCCUCACUGCGCAGUGAGCACAGCAAUGGCACAGUGGCUCCAGACUCGCCUGCAGCGGACGGGCCUGUGCUGCCGUCGCCUCCGGUACCGCGAGGUGGCUUCGCGCUCAGCCUGCUAGCCACUGCAGAGGCUGCACGUCCCCCGGGGCUGUUCACACGUGGCACACUACUGGGUCGGCUGCGACGCUCAGAGUCGCGCACAUCGCUGGGCAGCCAGCGCAGCCGCUUGAGCUUCCUCAAGAGCGAGCUUAGCUCCGGCGCUAGCGAUGCUGCGUCCACUGGCAGCCUGGCUGAGGGCGCUGAGGGUUCAGAUGAGACUGCCGCGCCCUUCGAUGCCGACAUCGAUGCCACCACCACCGAGACCUACAUGGGUGAGUGGAAGAACGACAGGCGCUCAGGUUUUGGCGUGAGUGAGCGCUCAAGCGGCUUACGCUACGAGGGAGAAUGGCUGGACAACCUGCGCCAUGGCUAUGGCCGCACCACGCUGCCCGACGGCCACCGUGAGGAGGGCAAGUACCGCCACAACGUGCUGGUCAAGGGCACCAAGCGCCGCGUGCUGCCGCUCAAGAGCAACAAGGUACGCCAGAAGGUGGAGCAUGGUGUCGAGGGCGCGCAGCGGGCAGCAGCCAUUGCUCGCCAGAAGGCUGAGAUCGCAGCCUCCAGGACAAGCCAUGCCAAAGCCAAGGCUGAGGCAUCGGAACAGGCUGCCCUGGCUGCCAACCACGAAUCCAACAUUGCCCGCACAUUGGCCAAGGAGCUGGCCCCAGACUUCUACCAGCCAGGUCCUGAGUAUCAGAAGCGUCGGUUGCUCCAGGAGAUCCUAGAGAACUCAGAGAGCCUGCUGGAGCCCCCGGAGCGGGGUGAAGGCACUGGCCUCCCCCAACGUCCUCGGGAGAGCCCACAGCUGCACGAGCGGGAGACCCCGCAGCCAGAGGAAGGACCCCCGUCUCCGGCCGGGACGCCCCCACAACCCAAGAGGCCCAGACCCGGAGGGUCCAAGGACGGCCUGCUGAGUCCGGGCGCCUGGAAUGGCGAUCCCGGCGGAGAGGGCAGCCGGCCGGUCACGCCAUCCGAUGGUGCUGGCCGUCGCAGCCCUGCGCGUCCACCCUCGGAGCACAUGGCCAUCGAGGCACUGCAGCCGCCGCCCGCGCCCUCGCGGGAGCCAGAGGUGGCGAUGUACCGUGGCUACCACAGCUAUGCGGUGCGCACGGGCCCUCCCGAGCCCCCGCCCUUGGAGGACGAGCCUGAGCUGGAGGUCUCCGGAUCCAUCUCGGCGCCCCCGUCCCCCGCCUCUGCCACUGCCCCAGAGGAGCAGCCUCCUGCUCCGCGAAGUCCGUUGUCUGCCACACCCGCCACUCUGGAGCCCAAACCCAUCGUCCCUAAAUCCGAGUCCAAGGCCAAGGCGCGUAAGACGGAGGCCCGAGGUCUGAGCAAGGUCAAGAAGAAGGGUCGUAAGGAGGUGGCACUGGCGGCAGAGGCCGAGGUGGAGGUGGAGGAGGUCCCCAACACUGUCCUCAUCUGUAUGGUGAUCCUGCUGAACAUUGGCCUGGCUAUCCUAUUUGUUCACCUUCUGACUUGACCCUCAUCAACCAGAGCCAGGAGUCCCACUGAGGAUGCCAGGACCCAUCUUUCUGCAAUGCCAAGCAGGUGUCCCAGGAGGACUGAACUAUGGACCUGAAGCCUUGUUCCACCCACUCCAUGGAUAUUUAAGGAGGCCUCCCUGUGAGCCCUGGGUGCUGUGUGCCUGAGGAAGAGAAUGUCUAGGUACCCUCCAGGGCAAAGGAUGCCCUGAGAGAAGAUCCCUGGUCGUCCCUAGGCCCUUGACCUGCUCCUGAAUCUAUCCUCAGUCCUGCCUCGCCUUGCCCUGCCAUCCUUCCCUGGGCUUUUGUGUGUUUUGAGAGAUGCCACCUAAGCAAGAUAUUAAUACAAAUCUCUUCCUCCUAUGCAACUACCAAUACAGUACUCUGGUUGAUGACUUGAGGCCACCCAGGAAGAUGAGGGGCACAGAAGCCCCUUGGGUAGCGACAGUGUGAAGACCCCAGUGGGGUGGUGCAGUCCUUCCCAGUCUAUAUUGCUCCAAAGUUUACAGAGUUCUGAAGGGCAGUAUAAGAAAUGGAGGAACCCAGUUGAAUAUACCAGCAUGCAAUGCUCUGCAUCCUCCCAUCAGUCCAGUUGGCAUCCUCUAGGAUCAGUAGCAGGGGAGACCUGAACAUCUAAGCCUUUGGCUGGGAAGUCACCUUCAGGAGUCUGGGCUAUGGUGGGAAGAAGGCAAGGAAUGUUAAGUGAUGGCCCCUAAUUUUGAGUGUGUCUGAGUCUGAGGCUGGAGUUCAUUUGGGGUCACUAAUGUGUCCUGGGUCAUUGUAUAGGAGCCCUAGGCCUGAGAGCUAUAGUUACUGUAAUGUUCUGGCUUAUCUGCUGUGGGAUCCAUGUGUGGAAGCCCAUGGAAGUCAAGAGCUACAUCCCUGGUGCAUAUCCUCUGGCAGAGAGAGGCGGGAGACAAGCAUUAUCCAGGAAGACAGGAGUUAGUCUGGAUUCUGGCUGGGGCAGCCUGUGCAAUAAUGAAUUGUGCUUGGCAGAAGGUUUACUUGCAUGCACCUCACUUAAAGACAUUUUCACCACACUGCGUGUUUGGACCCUUGGGCUUGCUGGUGCAGCAUGGCAGCCCAGGAUUUGUGGUCCCCUAUUCCCAGAAGGAUGGAAGGAAAUAAUAUCCAGGCCCCCCAAAUUUAGGAGGCAAUGGCAUCCAAACUGAGUUGGAGAAAGCUGCUGACACACUCUGACUUCAUUUCUUUGGACCUCCCGGACUUGGGCAUGGAAGCCAGGCCUUCUCCUACAACAGACUUGAACAUGGAUAUUGAGGGUCAACUUCCUUUUCUUCUCAGUUCAUGAGCAUCUUCUCCUUGAGUGUCAUGCUAACUGUCCCCUGAACUGCUGGGGCUUGGUGACUUGGUUGAACUCAUUUUUCUACAGAGAGGAGCCUUGGGAUGUUCCUGUGCCAGCCAGUGUGAGCAGGACUUUGCCUCUGGUUGGGUUUUCCUAGACUCUAGAGAAUGGGGAUGGGUGGGUGGAGGUUACUCAGGGGUGACAGGCUCCAGGCCUUGGCUCUGAGGUCAUUGCUCUACUCUGGGUCUGUCCAAGCUAUCAGGGUUGUUUUAGGAGGUAUGUAUGGAAUGGGAUGGGUUAAGGAUGCCAAAUCUAUGCCAAAAAUAAAUCUGCAUCUUCUCACA